AACCGCUUCAUUUCUUCAGAGUAAUCAAAGAGAAAGCCAAACCUCCAGGAGGAGAAGCAAAAGGGGCGCAGGCAGCACCAAUCCAGCAUUCAUUCCUCACCGAUGUGUCAGAUGUCCAGGAAAUGGAAAGGGGACUUCUCAGCCUCCUCAAUGACUUCCACUCUGGCAAACUUCAAGCGUUCGGAAAUGAAUGUUCCAUAGAGCAAAUGGAGCACGUGCGGAGCAUGCAGGAGAAACUUGCCCGCCUCAAUCUGGAGCUCUAUGGGGAGCUGGAAGAACUCCCUGAAGAUAAAAGAAAACUGGCCAGUGACUCCAAUCUGGAUAGGCUGCUGUCAGAUGUAAGUACAGAGAAAGGAGCAGACAUGGAACUUGGUCACAGAACCACAGAAUGACCCGGGUUGGAAGGG